CAUUAUUCAAUCAAGCCUUUAUUGCCGGAAUUUGUUUAUGGCUGCGAAAUUAAACUAUUUUCAAGUUCAACGUGAUAAAAUCUGCUGGACAAUUAACACUAGAAUUGUUUAAAAACGUGGAAUCUGGUAGAAAUUGUAGUUUUACGGAAUAUUUAUAAGGAAGUAUGACCAAACUGGGCCUUUGGUCAUUGAUUGCACUUGCUGUGCUUGGUUCUCUUACCGAUGCAAGAUCAGCAAAGAGGAAUGUACUUGGUCACAAAAAGGCUGUGAAGCCAGCGGACCCUGUCCCAGCAGUCGCGUUUGCAGCUGAUGGCAAAUUAUCAGAAACAACACGAAGAAAACUUUUAGCUGAAAUCAACAAAUACCGCCUGAUGCAUGGAGUCUCGCCUCUUGGUUAUUGUCCAGUAUGCGAAACUGAUGCCCAGAAAUGGGUAGAAGCCAUUGCCAAGGAUGGUCAUGUUAGAGCUGACGUUAACUCGACAAGGGGACAAACUGCUUUCAAAUUGAAAAGCGAUGCUGUUGUUGCCAAAGGGGGUGACUACCUUGGAACAUUGAUUGCUGCUUCAUGGUACAACCAAAUCAAGAACUACGACUUCCAAAGAAACGAAUUCAAAGGCAUGGCUAGUGACUUCACACAGCUGGUUUGGAAAGAAAGCGGUGUCAUUGGAUUUGGUUCCAAGAAAGCAGCUGAUGGCACUUACUACGUCAUUGCAUACUAUGCUCCUGGUGGAAAUAACGAGACUCUUGGCUUCAGGGACAAUGUCAACAGAGUUACUGGAGCAGGCGAUCUGGAUCAAUCCCAACUGAAAUGUCCUGACCAGUGGCAACUGAAUGGCAAGGCCUGUUACCGUUUCUUCGAACAGAAGUUGAGCUGGGGUGAUGCUGUUGAUCACUGCAACGUCCUGAAAGGGUCACUCGUUUCUGUUGAAUGCCCCGAUGACAACAUUUAUGUUAAAGCUAUGUCCGUUGAAAAGAAAGCCGACAUAGCAUGGAUCGGAAUGUCAGAUAUGGCUACCAAGGGCACAUACCAAUAUGUUGAUGGCACACCUUUCGUUUUCUCUGAUUUCACCAUCGAUGCAUACAAUUGGCAUGCCUCAAAUAUGGACAAUGCCAGAGGCAAAUGCAUUUCUCUAAAUGUUACCAACAGCGGCUGGCAAUACUCUGAUUGUAACACCGUUCUGCCAUUUAUCUGCAAGCUCAAGCCUAACGGAGUGUUGAGUUUUGCUGUCCAACUCUAUUUCCCUGGAAGCUCUUACACCAGUGAUCUCAUCGACUCUACCCAGCCAAGAUACAUCAACUUGAAGAGCACCAUUGAAAAAGCGGUCAAUGAAACAUACGGAAAAGAUAUCUGGUUUGCCGGUUUGACAGUCUACCAGUUCUGGCCUCGUGAAAACAAAGAGAUUGCUGCAACCACCAUGUUUAGAUUCGCACCAGACGUUCGUGCUCCUGUCGAUCCUAUCAACAAAUUUAGGGUGCAACUUAAGAAACAAGACAACCUUGAGAUCCUUCAAGUCAGACUUUUGACAGGAAGCGGACGUGAUAGCCAGCCUGCCGUACAAGAAGGAAACUGUCCAGUCCCAGCAUGCACCAGCAGCUGUUUCCCAGAAUGCAACCCUCAAUGUUGCAGCACAACCGUCAAUAUUCCCCUUCCCGCUGCUGCUCCUCCACCCCCAAUGCCUGUUGCUUACCCACCACCAGCAAUGCCAGUAUACCAUCAACCACCGCCAAUGCCAACCAUGCAAUACCAGAUGGCACCUCAGCCAACAUGCGCCCAAUUCCCACAAUGCGCCUCUUUCUGUACCCCGGGUUGCCCGCGACAAUGCUGCGCCAGAUAUGGCAAAAAGAGAGACAGUCUCUCGAAGAAAAGUAAAACACAUGGCAAGCACCAUUAGGACUUGAAUUUGAAUGUGUGGCGUUGUUGCCACGUUACUGUUAUUUCAACUGGAUCUCACCGGUUAUAAUGGCUUGCAAGAUAUUUCAAUGGAUCUUCUAAAUCACGGUUGGAAUCGCUGCCUGAACAAACUAUGACAAUAUUUAUCAUCCUCUCGAGCUGCCUAAUAUGUUAAUCAUGUAAAUUUGCUCUGUGCAACUUGUAUAGCACGAAAUCCUUUCCAGGGAAUCUGGGCUCUAAAUGAGCAUCAGUAUUUUCGAGUAGAAAUUGCGGAACCCAUAUCAUUGCUAAAAGGGCUUUUAUUAAAAAUAAGAUUUAUACUUCUGUAUGGAAAUUGCAUUGUAUGUAUAAUUUUAGUCGUUCGAUAUUGUGAAAUUCAAAUAAAGUGUA